AUGACGCUCGACGACUCCCGAACGACCGUCAAACGGCUUGCCAAACACUUGUUGACGCAGUUCGAGGCUCUCACCAAAGGAUACACAGGCAUGCUGCUGGCGCUGAUGAGCUCCUUCUUUUCCAGCGGCAUGGCGGUGACUGCUCGACUGCUGCAAAACGGAAACAACCCCGACGACGACUUCAACGCCUUCCAGAUUCUCUUUCUCAGAAUGUCACUCACCAUAGGAGUGGUGCUGUGGGGCCAGCACAAGGUGUAUGCCCGCAAAGUGAAGCAACAGGAGGAAAACCUGCCUCCACGACUGCAGUUCAUCACCGGAAUCCCCGAGGUCAGACACCUGCUGGUCAUUCGGGCCCUAUGUGGCUUUUUCGGGGUCUUUGGCCUCUACUACUCGCUCAACUACCUGGAACUGUCCGACGCCACAGUGCUCACGUUUCUGACUCCUGUGGCCACCUCUCUUCUGGCGUGGAUGUUCCUGGGCGAGAAAUUCACCCGAAGUAUGGCGCUCGGAGGCUUGGUCGCCUUCUGCGGAGUCAUUCUGAUUGCAAGACCGGUCUUCCUGUUCCAGCUCAUCACCGGCUCACGAGACACCAGCGGCGUGCGCCCCAUUGACCGCCUCCGCUCCAUUGGCUUCUCCAUGCUCGGAGUUCUCGGUGGAGGCUCCGCGUUUGUCGCCAUCCGAUCCAUAGGCGACAGAGCCCACCCGACAGUCAACGUGCAGUACUUUUCCACCUGGUGCUGGCUCAUCAGUCUGAUUGCGCUAGUCUACACCGGCAAGGGCAUCAGACUGCCGCACACAUGGAGCCAGGCCGCCUUCAUUGUCAUUCUCGCGCUCUGCGGCUUCAUGACCCAGCUGUGCAUGACUGGAGCGCUCACGAGAGAAAAGGCGGCCAAGGUGGCCAACAUUACGUACACUCAGAUUGUCUGGGCCUUGCUGUGGGACAAGGUGCUGUGGAACAACUGGCCAGACGUGUGGAGUGUGCUGGGAGGAGGCUUGAUCAUCGGCAGCGCCAUCUGGGUGGCCAUGAAGAAAGAUGUGACUGUCGCCACCGUAAACGAUAUCCCCGAAGUCGUCCCCACCACCCCCCAGGUGGACGAGUACCACGUCGACACUUCGUACUACUCCCCGGAUGAGGAGGCCGCUGUCGGAAUGCCUUUAACCCCAAUCUCCAAGAGGGAGGCCAAGGUGACCAUCAAGAGCACCGGCAAUGAUGAUGACCAUUUGAGACUAGACGCGGAAGAUGAGGAAAAGGAUGAGGACGACGACGACGACGGAGAGGAAGUGGGGUUGAUGCAUAAGCUCAAGUAG